AUGGAUGCACUUGAAAAGACAGCACAUGCACGCGGAGGCAGCGAACAGUCUGUAUCUCCCGAUGACGCUGCGAGAAUUGCUGCACACGAGCUGCAGUUGGGGCUGCAUGCAGUCAUUUCAAAACAAGUGCAUGCGCACUGGCAGCGCCGACGUCAGCGACUGCAGAAGCCGCUGCUGCGACAUCUGUGGCCGCAGCCUUCAGCAGCAGAUUCUUCUCCUCUUGCUGUCUUCAGACCUCGAGUAGGGCGGGAGAAGAUGACUCUAAGAAAACAAAAACGAGUUGGUAGAGACUCUCUCAUCCGCGCUGAGAAGCUUCUCGAUGACUGCAGGCUAGUAGAGAAGGUGCUGCGCCGCAUGCGCACAAGAGACGAGAAGAAGGAGCACUUGCUGGAGGUGCGAAGCCUGAUGUUUGAACAACAGCGCUUCGAGCUGACAGACCCUCUAUACUCUCAUCCUCUUUGGCCUCAAUUAAGAGAUAAAAUAAGAG